AUGGAUCGUCUCAACAGAAUGCUGCAGGCUGCCCAGGGCAUAGGAAUGGGUGGCGGUGCCCCCGGUGGUGAUACGCCAAACUUGAUUGAUAACUCCGAAACCGUUCACAUUUCUUCCCUUGCACUAUUGAAGAUGCUGCGACACGGCCGCGCGGGUGUGCCGAUGGAGGUCAUGGGUCUUAUGUCGGGAGAGUUCGUCGAUGAAUACACAGUCCGGGUGGUCGACGUUUUCGCCAUGCCCCAAAGUGGUACUGGUGUCAGUGUCGAGGCCGUCGACCCUGUAUUCCAAACAAAGAUGAUGGAGAUGCUCCGCCAGACAGGCCGACCAGAAACCGUCGUCGGAUGGUAUCACUCGCAUCCUGGUUUCGGCUGCUGGCUCUCGUCGGUCGAUAUAAACACGCAGCAAUCAUUCGAGCAACUUACUCCCCGUGCCGUCGCCGUAGUCGUCGAUCCCAUUCAAUCCGUGAAGGGCAAGGUUGUCAUUGAUGCGUUCCGUCUUAUCCAGCCUCAGACCGUGGUCAUGGGCCAAGAACCCCGGCAAACAACCUCCAACUUGGGACAUCUGAACAAGCCCUCCAUUCAAGCCCUCAUCCACGGUCUCAACCGCCACUACUAUAGCAUCGCAAUUGACUACCGGAAGACUGGAUUGGAGGAGAACAUGCUGAUGAAUCUACAUAAGCAAGUUUGGACCGAGGCCCUACAGAUGAACGACUUCCACGAGGAGGGCCACCAUAAUGUGGAGCAGAUGAAGCAACUUGUCAGCCUCGCUGAGGGUUACGAAAAGCGAGUGAAGGAAGAAACCGAGCUAAGCAAGGAUCAACUAAAGACGCGAUAUGUUGGAAAGGUGGAUCCCAAGAAGCACAUCGAAGAUGUGAGCCAGCAAUUGAUUGAGGAUAACAUUGUCGCUGUCUCCAGGCAAAUGAUUGAUAAGGAGGCAUCGGUUGCCCGUCAGUCAUCGAACCAAGAUCGAGCCAAUGGCGCUUCGAUGGACGUGGAUGAAGAGCUCUAG